AUGCUCCUCAACGCCACCGUCCCUCUGUCGGUGGAUUUCGACACUCCAGAGGACUUCAUCAUUUUCAUCUUCCAUAUUCUGUUCGCCACAAGCGCCGUGCUGGUCGCCGGCUCUGUGGUCAUCGGGAUAUCCUCCAGCCGGUCUCUGCGAAGCCAGAACCGCUUUAUAUUCAUGCUGAACACGAGCAUCAGUGACACUCUGACCGGCUUCUCGGUCUACUACCUCGGCCUCUUCGACGUCCAAGAGGGCUAUCCCUCAAGGAAUGGGACAUACUACAUUUUGCCUUCAUUUCUUGGUGUUAAUGUGUUAACCUUCCUCUUCGCUCAGUUUGAUCGGUACUUCGCAGUAUGCCAUCCAUUUUUUUAUAAUCGCUUCAUAACGAGGUCUGUUGUCCAUGGCAUUUGCGCGUUUUGUUGGAUUUACACAUACUCUAUCCUCACGGUGCAAAACAUGGUGCCUAUUUCAGAGGCGGCUAAAAUAAACGCAUUUGGUGUCAUGACUCUACAGAUCAUAGUUCUCAUUAAAGUGUUGAUGACAAUUAAAUUAUACAUCAUAGCCAGGCAUCACGUGGCAAGAGAGGUGCCCAGUGCAGAGAGAGACAACAAAAAGGAGUCACUGCGCAUCAUUGUGUUUGUGGUUAUUUUCUUCUUGGCUCUGUGGUGUCCAUCCUUUGUCAAUAUAAUUGUCAGACAGUUGAUUAGGAAAGGUCUGAGGUUUCGGAAUGAAGCCACUAACCUGUUCGCCAUCAUGGCACGCCUGAACGCACUGGUGACCCCGGCUUUGUACAUCUGGGGCAGCCCGGCGCUGCGGAAGGCCGUGUGGAGAGUAGUGUGGCGGAGGGUCUGUCCCUGCCAGGAGGGCAAGGUGAGAGUCGGUCUGAAGUAA